CCCACCAUCUCAAUCCAUUCCAGUUGCGUCGCCCCCGUCUCACCGAGCAGACCGGACCACUUCUCACCGGCCGCACACCUCGUGUCGUUGCUCUCGCUCUUCUCUCCAGUUUCCGUCACCCAACCCCUUCCUUCAGCCAUGGCUCUCGCCGCUUUCGCCGACAAGAAGUUCAAGCUGUCUAGCAGCGAGAAGUUCGACGACUACAUGAAGGCCUUGGGUGUGAGCUUCGUCACCAGGCAGGUCGGCAACGCCGUGAGCCCCGUGGUGCACCUCACCGUCGACGGCGACAAGUACACCCUGACCAGCACGUCGUCCUUCAAGACCUCCACCAUCAGCUUCAAGCUGGGUGAGCCCUUCGACCAGGAGACCCCCGACGGCCGCAAGGUCAAGGCCACCAUCACCCUGGAGGGCGACAACACUCUGGUCGAGAACCAGGAGGGCAGCGGCAAGACCACCAAGAUCGUGAGGGAGUUCUCCGCCAACGAGAUUAAGAUGAUCCUGACGGUCGACAACAUCGUCUGCACCCGCAUCUACAAGCUCCAGGAAUAGUGCAGCGCUGUGCAUGUCAUCCUAAAUUGAGACUGGACCUACUUUAUUUUAAUCUUGUAUUUAUCCCCCAAAUUUUAUACUUCAAGUGUUUUUGUGGAGAUUUACGUGGAUGCCUGUAAGAAUUAUUUUGAAUGUUUUGUAUAUUUGUAUAUUUCGCACAUUGAGCCAUUGAAGCUCCGACGAGCUUCCAUUGAAUCGUUUCAGCACAUUUUAAAUCAUGUUUACUAAAUACCAAUAAAAUCGAUUCCAUGUA